AAUUGCGAGAGAAAUGAUGAGGAGGAUAUGCGGUGUGAUUUAUUUGUGGGUAACGGUCUAUUGUAAUCGGGCCGAUGCGGAGCCGGCGCGCAGGGGCUUGGAAAGUAAUGGAUACAAUGGUUUGGAAACGAUUCUAGGGAGCGAUGAUACCAAAACUGUCGCGUUUCCCUGGCCGACUGUUUCAUCGAGUGCGGCCGCAGAAAACCUUCCAGGAGGAUACGUUUGUGCGCCCAUUGGAUCUUGCACAACUGCGUCAAAUAGUAAUGAAAUUGACAUCAGGAUUAUAACACCGGGUAGUACGAAUCCGUGUCCUCGAGGGCAGACUCUUUGUGCUACACCUACGGGAGCAAGCCAAUGUGGGUUACGUUUCGCGACCAAUCUUUCGAAUGUGGAUGGAUUAGCCUCACCCGGAGCAUUUCCCUGGCAGGUUUACUUGGUUAACCAAACAGGAUACGCGGGAAGCGGGGUUUUAAUCAACGAAUAUCACAUUCUGACGGCAGCUCAUAAAGUGUAUUUGAACGGAGCGUCUCCAGAAAUGGUCGGAGUUUAUUUGGGAGUACACAAUCCGCAACAGUUGACUGUACGCCAUGCCGUGCACAGAAUUUUGCUCCAUCCCAACUUUAACCCAACAACUCUGUUUAAUGACAUAGCGAUUCUGAGAUUGAGCGCUGCCAUAACCCCUCUACCUCAAAUGCUAGUAAAUUCCGUCUGCCUUCCUUCGCAACAUCAAGUAUUUGAAGGACAAGCAUGCUGGGUAGCUGGCUGGGGACAAUCUGGUUACGUCAUAACCAACACGCUCCAAGAGAAGAGACAAGUCCAAGUUCCCAUCGUAAACUACAACAUGUGCUAUGCAUCAAUGAGCAGUGAAUCUGUACUAGGAGCGAAUGCAAAACGAUAUUUGGACCCCGUCGGAGAACUAUGCGCUGGAGGUCAGGGCUCUAGAGACGCUUGCAUGAACGACGGUGGAGCGCCUUUAACUUGCGAGGUUAACGGAAGAUUCUACGUUGCCGGAUUGGUGCUCUGGGGGAAAGGCUGCGGUGUGCCCGGAAUUUACGGAGUGUACGCCAACGUGACGAAUUACGUUAACUGGAUCUCGAGCGCAAUGGCUCUGCUAACUGGAUAAAUGAACUAAUACAGUUGGGAUAAAGCGCGUUGCGCAUAAUGAAUGCACGGUACAAAAAAAUUCCAUGAAUCCGUAAUAAAGGAAACUCAAUUAAAAAUUACACUGCGUAGAGAACUUUUUUAGCUCGUUUAAUCUGGAACGCCAGACGUUGUAAAAAUGAUUUAAUUAGUUUUUAUGGGAACCUUAUAAUAGUUUUUGUAUGCUCAGAAUAUAACGGAUCUAAAAGUUUAA